UACUAUCAUUUUUAUUUGUCUGCUAUUGUUUUCAAGUUUAAAAUUUAUAAGAUUUUAGAAAUACAGAAAAAAUACUUAAAAGCCGUACAUCUUCUUUUAAAAUUGUGUUUAUCUUUUAUUCGAAAUUGCAUCAGGCUAUAAAGGAGGAUUUCUUUAUACAUAAAUGCUUUCAAUGUUCAAGCAAAACAAUGAAUAAUUCAAGUUGACAGUUUAUAGAUAAAAUAUAAUAAUUUGAAUCCAAUUAAUAUAUCUAAAACAAUGGAAAAAUUGAGCAGUGAUUGAAACAAUAAAGAGUAAAGAUAUGUCCAUCGUUCUUUACUGGACAAUAACUGCACUGCUAUCCACUUGUGUGAGUGUAUUAUCUGGGGAUGCAGAAAAGUGCACUCCAGCCAUGCAAGACCUGACCCUGAUGAUGUCUUGGAAGAACAUCCAGUGGUCUGAGAACCAGGCUGUCAACCACUCAGUCAACGCCUACUCCGAGCCUUACGAUGAAAGUGCCAUCAUUCCAGUUAGGAUGCAGAUGUGGAGAACACAGGCGUUCUUGACGUUCCCUAGAUACAGACCAGGUAUACCCUUCAGCCUGGGCUAUGUUCUUCUGACCUCAUCUAACAGGUUCGACACAGAAAUCUACCCAUUUCCCAGCUGGCUGGAGCACACCAAGGAUACCUAUGCCAGCAUUGUGAAUGCGGUCGACAUCUACCUAGAUCACAGAAACCUCAUGCUAUGGGUUCUCGACACGGGCGAGAUAAACACACUCGUAAAACCGCAGAAAAUUGCUCCUCCUAGGAUUUUCGGCAUACAUAUCACUAAUAGAAAGGUAGCAAAAGUGAUCGACCUCUCAGACAUGGUCUGCCCCGAAAGUCGUCUCCAAUUCAUAGUGGCCGACGCCACCGCUGGAGAAAGCACCAAUCUAUUUGUGAGUGACGCUGGAACCAGGUCACUACUAGUCUACAACGGAGCCAUGACUAGCGACAGUCGAGGAUUCAGAGUGCAGUUACCACCUCUACUGUGCCUGCGCAACUCAGCCUGCCGACCUGAUGUGUUGCAUCUGAUGAUCACAAGGGGUGGGGAUAUUUGUGGGCCAGUUUGCGGCAGUGAGCAGAAGGCCAGGUUGUUCUUCACCUACCUCAGCGGCCAGAAUGUGUUUAGCGCUUCUGCUAAGGAUCUGAGGACUACUUGUACGGCAGUGUGGGAGGUAUGGGAGCUGGAGCUUGGAUUAGACCUUUGUCAAAAAUUUGAUUUCACAGAAAUGAUGCGCACCCUCGGCUACCCAAGACUGAUUUCCAUGGAAAACUUUCGCACUCCGAAUUUUUCUCUAGUGGCAGAAAUUGUCAUCUGGUUGUCAAAAAGAUUUGAGCCAGAUGCUGAAAUGCAAAUUCAUUCGGCCUAUGAUACAGAGCAGGACCGCGUCAUGUUGAUUCGUUCUGUUGCACAGUUUCUUGCAAUAAAAUGUGGCAUAAAACUGAACACCAGAAAGUUGUAUCAAUCUGACGGUUAUGCCAUAAAGGAAAUGCUAAAAAUCACAACAGUGCUGUGUGAUGCUUUGAGGAAUACAGCCUCUAUUAGCAAGGAUGGCAAUGAUUCUAAUGAAAUUGGCAGCAAUGCUGCUCUAGAUGUUGCUAGCAGGAUUCAAGAUUUGAAACUAACACGAGAACUAGCCUCCCAUAUUACUGGCAAAGGAGCUGUUUUGUAUGAACUGCUCGGCAAAGAAGUUCAAUUAAGGGAAACUCGCAACGCCUGUGUGGCCAACCAAUUGGAGGUUGGCAGCAUUGAAAAAGGGCUAAGAGAGGCAAUAGUGGCCGCACAAGACAGUGUGACCAACACAAGAGCGCUGAUUGAGAACAUAGCCGGCACAGAAGCCAGUCUGGACGCCAAAAUUGAAAAGAGACAUGCUGAGCUAGAACGCAAUCAGAAACGGUUGCAGACUCUCAAGAAAGUCAGGCCACCUUUUAUGGAGGAGUUUGAGCGUCUUGAAAUAGAGCUGAGACAGCUUUACCAGGACUAUAUGGCUAGAUUCCGAUGUGUCGCCUUCCUAGAACAACAGGUAGAGGAGCUAGAUCGCAUAGAACAAGAACGCAUUCAACAGAAACAGGCGGCCACUAAACGCUUGCUAGACCAGAUGCGAGAAGAAGAGGCUCUGCGACUCUUGGAAGAGAACGGCGUCGAUCUGAUGACAAUGGAUGGAGACCAACUGCCACCUGGAGACAGUGGAACGGGCAAGUUAACUGGCACCAUGCCAACUGGCAGGCAAGUAGCUGGACAGGACAAGCCAGUUGUCGAGCGGAUAAGGACUGCUACAAAUAACAACUUGGGUCGUCCCAUGACAGGGCGUAGCGUGAGGAGGCGUGUCUACGGCGCCAUGACAGCGGCAGACGAAGACAGCCAGAGUUUGGACUCUGAUUCCGACCUGCUAUUGGACGAUGAUGAUGACGACGAGCUGAGUCAGCCAUUCUCCGAUGAAGACGGUCUGCUCAUGGCCGGAAACGCGUCCAAUGCUAAUCUGCCGCCCGAUCACAGUGAUGACGAUUUUUAGGAAUAAGAAAUUCCUAGAAAUUGGAAAUUCGUUGUUAUGCCUCACCUUGUAAUUGCCUUUAUUAAGGGCGGAGUUGGGACUCUGGGUCCUCUCUGCCACACAACCCACAAAGGAGAGAGUGGGUUUCUGUGAAGAGAUUUUUGGGGAUAAUGAUUUCUGAAGCACUGGAACAAUUAUAGUUAGGUUCACGUUAUAAAGUUGGUGGGAAUUAAAGGACGGCCGAGUUGCCAGUUUUCUAUUUCCACCGCACUCUGUAGUAGGUAGCUGUGAUUCAAGUCAUUCCGGUAUAUUUUAUAGUAUUGACUCUUUCAACUUGUUAAUAAUGAUCAAUUAUUUUUGAAAUAUAAUUAUAUUCACAAGGAAAAUAUGAUGUUUUCGUGAUUGGAGAGCAAAUUUUCAUAAUUGAGAAUAAGUAUUCUGGUAGUUCAUUAUAUUUAUCAUAUUAUAUUUCUUCAAUGGCAAUACAGCAUACCUCUAUAUUCAAUGGCUACCUAAAUUGAUAUAUAACUAUAUCAAGGAGAAAUAUAAUUCAUUGACCGAGCGAAGU